CUCCCGACCUUUUAAGACUCUCAAGGUUUGGGCCACCGUAACUGCCAAAGAGAGAGAGCAUAUCACUACGUUUCCCCUCCCGGUCCACCUCUUCUCCUCUCGUUACUUGCUCUGCUCUCAAUUGCUCAGUAUAAGAAGUCGAAGGAGCGGGGAUAAGUAGAGAAGCGUUUCCAAAGGAAUAACCACCGCUAUUCUCUUGGUGGCCCCGGCUUGGAAUAGUAUAUCCGAGGAUACGGAGAGAGAAUGGCGGCGCGGUGGUCGGGCGUGGCAGCUGUCGUCGCGGCGCUGGUGUGCGCGGCCGCGCUGGUGGGGCGGUGCUCCGCCGAAGAUCCCUACGUCUACUACGAUCUCAACGUCUCCUACAUCACCGCCUCCCCACUCGGCGUCGAGAAGCAGGUAAUAGCGAUUAACAAGCAAUUCCCUGGUCCCAUCCUCAAUGUAACAACCAACUGGAAUGUCGUCGUUAAUGUACUCAAUAGCUUGGAUGAGCCAUUGCUCAUUACCUGGGAUGGGAUUCAGCAGAGGAUGAGUUGUUGGCAAGAUGGGGUUUUGGGAACGAAUUGCCCAAUCCCACCGGGCUGGAACUGGACCUAUCACUUCCAGGUGAAGGACCAGAUUGGGAGUUUCUUCUACUUCCCCUCCCUCGGUCUUCAGCGGGCAGCAGGAGGCUAUGGUGGUAUUGUUGUCAAUAACCGGCCUAUAAUCCCUGUGCCCUUUGGGAAGCCUGAUGGGGACAUCAACCUCUUCAUUGGGGACUGGUACAACAGGAACCACACGGCCUUGAGGAAGGAACUUGAUGAUGGCAAGGACCUUGGCAUGCCUGAUGGUGUUCUGAUGAAUGGGAAAGGGCCGUAUCGGUACAAUACUACACUGGUUCCAGCUGGGAUAGACUAUGAGACUAUCAAUGUGGAACCAGGCAAAACAUAUCGCUUCCGUGUCCACAAUGUCGGUGUCUCUACAAGCUUGAAUUUCAGAAUCCAAAAUCACAACUUGCUUCUUGUCGAGACAGAAGGAACUUACACUGUGCAGCAGAACUAUACCAGCUUAGAUAUCCAUGUGGGACAAUCAUACUCGUUCCUGGUUACAAUGGAUCAGAAUGCGAGCAGUGACUACUACAUUGUGGCAAGUUCUAGGUUUGUGAAUGAGUCCCUUUGGACGAGAGUUACUGGUGUUGCCGUUUUGCACUAUUCAAAUUCCAAAGGCAAAGCAUCUGGCCCUCUUCCAGAUGGUCCUAAUGAUGUCUAUGACAAAAACUGGUCAUUGAAUCAGGCACUGUCUAUCAGGACAAACCUGAGUACCGGUGCCGCACGCCCCAACCCUCAGGGAUCUUUUAAAUAUGGUUUGAUCAAUGUGACCGAGGUGUACAUGUUAAGAAAUGAGCCACCUGUGGUCAUUAAUGGAAAACGUCGAACUACGCUCAAUGGACUCUCAUAUUCUCCUCCUGAUACACCAUUGAAUCUUGCUGAUGCGUAUCAUAAGAAGGGAAUUUAUACACUUGAUUUCCCUACUAGGCCACUUGAUGGACCACCUCGAAUUGGAGCAUCUGUAAUUAAUGCUUCAUACAAGGGCUUCAUGGAAAUCAUAUUUCAGAACAAUGAUACCAAAGUCCAGACCUACCACAUUGACGGAUAUUCAUUUUAUGUUGUUGGAAUGGCUUAUGGGGAGUGGACUGAGGAUUGCAGAGGCCAGUAUAAUAAGUGGGAUGCUGUUUCUCGCUGUACCACACAGGUUUUCCCAGGAGCAUGGACUGCUAUCUUUGUGUCACUAGACAAUGCAGGCUUUUGGAAUGUGCGUGCGGAAAAUCUUGAUACAUGGUACCUUGGACAGGAGGUGUAUAUGAAGCUAGACAACCCUGAAAUAAGUGGCGACUCUGAGUCGCCUAAACCUGAUAAUGCUCUUUAUUGCGGUGCCCUUCAAUAUUUGCAGAAGAAUCAGACAUCUCAUGGCUCAAAUGCAUCAACUUCAUCUUCUUCCAUUCUAAGUGUUGGAAGCAAGCUGCUCACCUUGAUGCCAUUCUUAGCUUUGGUUGCCAUAUUUGUGUGAUUGUUUGAGUUGAAAAAUUGCUAUUUUCUCCCCCUUGAGGAAAUAGCUUUGAGUACAAGAUUUUAGGUGUGUGAAUCUCUUCUUGUCAAUAUGACUUUUCUGUGGUCUUGACAUGCUUUUAGGAUACAUCUCUUUUUUUUUAUUUUUUUGUCAUCUUCAUACUCUUCAGCUUUGACCAUCCAGGAAAACAAAAUUGUAUACAUUUAUGGAAUGCAACAUAAUGAAAGCAUUUAAAAGUUCUUUUUGUUUGACUGAUGGGACUCAGUUCUCACAGGACCACAUGGGGAUUAUUUUCUCAAUUCUAUUUACUCUGCUAUUUGUCAA